GUCUGUAUUGGCACUACUGGUCUCUACAUGUCUUGUCUAUCAUUUCUUUGUCUACGAAUAUCGGUUCCACAGAAUUCUCCACAUUUGCAGUCAUAACAAAAUGAACACUCAAGACGUUAGCAAUGACUUAACUGUCAUUCAUUCAAAUGGAAUGGAGAAACGAUUACCAAAAUGUAUAAUAAUUGGUGUCCGAAAGUGUGGGACCCGAGCGUUGUUAGAGUUCCUCAAUAUUCAUCCAUCGGUUCAAAAAGCUUCAGAUGAGGUCCACUUCUUUGACGAAGACUCUAAGUAUGGCUUAGGACUGGAGUGGUAUCGAAACCAAAUGCCUUAUUCCUCACCAGAAGAAGUGACAAUAGAGAAGAGUCCGGCCUAUUUCAUCACUGAGUCGGUCCCUCAACGCAUAUACACCAUGAAUGCGUCCACUAAACUGAUAAUCAUUGUGAGAGAUCCGGUCACUCGUCUCAUCUCAGAUUACGCCCAAUUGGCCGCCAAUAAGGCUAAGAAAGACAGACGAAUGGCUUCUUUUGAAGACUUGAUUUUAUUAAAUGGAGGAAAAAUUAACACCAGUUAUAAAGCCGUUCGCAUCAGUAUUUAUGCCAUCUUUUACUCGCGUUGGACUCAGGUAUUCCCGAAAAGUCAGGUGCAUGUCGUCGAUGGCGAUCGUCUAGUCUAUGAUCCCUUUCCAGAAGUGCAAAAAGUGGAACAAUUCUUAGGAUUAAGUCAUCGAAUUAGUCGCGAAAACUUCUCAUAUAAUUCAACGAAAGGAUUCUUUUGUGUCCGACUUAACGGUACUUCAGAUAAGUGUCUGAACGAAAGUAAAGGUCGAAGACAUCCGCAAAUUGAUCCGCAAGUCAUUCAAACACUGCGAAGAUUUUAUGCUUCACAUAAUCGCCUCUUCUAUCGUUUGGUGGGUAAGGACUUCGGUUGGCCUGAAUUCUGAUCACAUAAUAUCACACGAAUCAACAUAAAUGAGCUUUCAUUCAAUUUCUUCGAUACAUUUCAAUCUACACUAAACAUGUGUAUCACUCACUCAAUCACUAAACAUAAGUUGUAUAAAACUCCGAGUUUUCAGGAAUUUCCGUUUAAAACUGUUAUAUUAGUUAAUGUUUACAUAGAUUUUGAUAUAAAAAUAUUGUUAUUUCCGAUAAUUUUUUAUUAGAAUUUGAAAGAAUUUUUGGCUAUGAAUUGCAUUUAGAUUUAAAUAUUUCUAUUGAUUUGUUGUUUACUAGAAUUUGUUUUAUUAUAUCGACUAAACCGAGAGCGUAAACCUUCCGCAAUAACUAUCAUUCAUUUUAAUGAAUGCUAUAUUUUAUAUGCAAUUCAAAUGUACUCUAAUUUGAAAUAUCGGAGAUUUUCUUAAACAUAAAGGUGUAGUCAAUAAGUGCUCACAAAUUGACUUACCCUUCAGGUUGUGAAUCGUUAUAACAUAAGGUUGUGAAAUACUUGUGAAUCGUUAUAACUUAUAACAUAAGGUUGUGAAACAAUUAUAAAUCCUUAAUAUAUUUAAAAAUAAGACAUGAUAUAAAUAAGAUUUAACAUUUCCAAUGGUUGUGAAAAAUAAUUAAUUUAGU